AUGUUACGGGGCCACGUCUUUGUUGCCGCGCCUGAUGUGCCGCAGGAUGUGCGGUCGCUGGUGGCUGCAUGCGGUGGUCGUGUGGUGUCGUCGGUUGAGGCGUCCGUCACCCUCGGCCUCGUAGUGUGUGGGGGAGAGGCGAGACUCGACUGCGCGGCGCAGCUGCGGAGCCUGCGCAUCCCGAUCCUGCGCUCCAGUUGGGUGCGGGCGAGUGUGGCCGCCGGGCGCAUGUUGCCCAUGAAGCACCCACACACGGAGUAUGACCCGGCGCUCUUUGAAUCCCUCCGCUUCACAACGACGAUGCUCCCGGUACAACUGAAGAGAAGUUUGGUGGCGGCAAUUCAGUUCUUUGGUGGGACGUACUUGCCGGACCUGACCAGCGCGACGGACAUCCUCCUCCACGGUGAGGAGGGGCGGAUGGCAGGAACCGCGGGGAGUCUGAAGUGGCGGUGUGCGUGGGAGUGGGCGAUCCCGUGUGUCCAUUUCACGUGGCUGCAGGAAUGCAUUGCCAGCGGACAACUCGGCGCGUUGCCGCCGCCAUCAUCCCCGCCGGCAGCAGCAACGACGAGGAAUGGGGAGGAAAACGAAAGCAGCUGCAGUUCUUCACAUGAAGCCGCCGGUGGAAAUUAUGCCUCCUGCACUUUGUUUAUUGAGCGCCAGAAACGUCCUCGUAUCGAUGCCAUUACUGUUGCUUCUGAUGCAGGGAGGAACCAACCGCUUCAGUGGUCUUUAUAG